AACUCAUUAGGAGCCAUUACCAAAUUUAUCUGAAAAGGUGUAUCCUUGAACCCUAAUAGUUUAGCAAUCGGAGCAUUAUCGUAGAACGAUGGAUCAUUACUCUUCUCCGGGAGGAAGCUGGACCAUGAUCCCAACCCAUAAUUCCAAUGCACAAACCCAAUCCCAAUCCCAAUCCAACCAAGACCCAAACCUUUAUCUUCAACAACAACAACAACAACAGCAACAACAGUUUCUCCAUCAACAACAACAGCAGCAGCUUUAUCAGCAACAGCGCCUUCUACAACAUCAGCAACAACAACAACAGCAGCAGCAGCAGCAGCAGCAGAACCUUCACCAAUCGCUGGCCUCUCACUACCAUCUCUUACAUUUGGUUGAGAAUUUGGCUGAGGUUAUCGACCAUGGGACCCCGGAUCAGCAGUCAGAGGCAUUGAUCACCGAAUUAAGCAAUCAUUUUGAGAAGUGCCUGCAGCUGUUAAAUUCAAUCUCUGGCUCCAUUAGCACCAAGGCUAUGACAGUUGAGGGACAGAAGAAGAAGCUAGAGGAAAGUGAGCAUUUGCUAAAUCAGCGAAGAGACUUGAUUGACAAUUAUAGAAAAUCUGUGGAGGAGCUUGUUCGGUCUGAACCAUAAGAGCCUGUCUUUUUUCAGAUGGAUAGUAGCUCGGAUUCUUUGGGAGAUGGAUUGAAUAACCAAGGUGUUGAGGUUAAAACUCCAACAUCUCUCUGUCCCCAUGAUAUGCAUCAGCAGAGUUUAAGAAGUGAAGAUUUUAUGCCUGUCAAUACUUCAACAACUGGUUUGACAGAUUCUAGUUGCAUGCUGUCAGGUGCUGUGUAUGCGAUCAUAACCAUCUGGGUUUCAUCGGUUAAGAGGAGGGGUAUACUUGUCACGUUUUCAUCCCCUUUUUUCAUUUAUCCGGUUUUGACACAAAUACCACGUUGUGAGAGGGCUUCAUCAACAGUGCAUUGUUCCUUUUUUACAUGCAUUUCUGAAUAGCUAGGCAACGGUGUUUCAUGGAUAAAUUUCAUAACAUCCUUCUACCAAACGUGGAGAAAUGACAAAGCCACAUGCACUUUGCUGGGAUAAUUUUGAGAACUCCCCAACCAAACACUACCUAAAUGACAAUCUUUUUAAAAUGCAGGGGAGUAAUAUCAUGAUCCUCUUUGUUGAUUUUGAUUCAAUAUUCAUUAUGUAUUUUAGUUAAACUUGAAGCUUUUCUUAACCUUAAGUUUUUAUCAUAUAUUACUGAUCUUGCUGUAGAUGUGCGCUUUAUCCUGGAUGUUGAUAUUGAUAUAUCUAUGACAGGAGUGCAAGGCAGAUUUAAAUCGACGGAAAAAUUUUGUGACUGAUAUUCUCAUCAUUCACUUUUGUUGCCAAUAUUGGAGACGCAGGGCUUGUAGAAAGAGAAAACUUAGGUAAUUUGGAGGAAUAUAAUGUAACUGAUAGAUGAUUUAAAAAUAGUUAGUCCCUGCAUGGUACUUAAGACCAUUUAUCUAUAAUGUUGGAUUAAGAUUUGCCAGUUGUGGAUUUUGCAUUAAAUUUCCAUUUAGAUUGAUUGCAUAAUGUCAUCAUUCAUGGGACAGAAAAUUUCCAUUGUAUGGAU